UCUGGACGUUUGUCCGUCUUUGUACAUGUAUAUCUACAUUUAAUUCAUAUGUGAGAAGACUAAAAGCAAGUGAAUAUUGCAGAAUGUCAGAAAAUAAAAACGCACCAGGUAGUGGAUUUAACACAGUCUAUGGCCCUCCGUUGACAGCAGAACCAGUGGGUCCAUCGGCUCCUCCCCCAGAAAGUGGGUACAAUAGUGCAGCAUAUAACACACAGUAUGGGGCUGCGGCUGCCCCUGCUGCCCCUCCCCCAAGCUAUAACAGUGUAGUUAGUCCCCAACAGCAUGCCUUCUCAAUAUCAUACGCUGAUUUCCUGCCUGACAUGACUGAAGAGGGUGGUGUAUUCUCAAGUGCAAAAUAUGAACGAUUCGACAUUGUUGUAAGCAAAGCAAAUGCAUGGCUACGCUCUCAACCCCACGUAAGAGUGUCAUGCUGUGAGACACUUGAAACUAAGCUUAGAUAUGGAAACAUAGAUACACAAAAAUCAACCUAUUAUGAAAGAGGAGAGUCAAAUCAACGCUAUGCCAGAUCUUUAAGAGUCUGGGUUGUAUCAAAAGAUCAGAAUGCAUCACCUGAGCCUGACCAGAUAGGAUAUAAGAAUCUCAUACCUCUAUGUACAGAUGGAGGUGGAAUCUUUGGCAAACCAAAGUUUGAAACAUUUGGGGAGACAAUUGAUAGGUUUAAUGAAACUCAGAGAAUGCAACCAGUUGGUAAAAUCAUUAAUAUUGAAACACAAGAAAUGAAAUUUUCAUCUUAUAAGGAAAAUGGUAUUGAUCCUGAUAAAACCAGUUGGCUAGAGUACGGAGAAAAUAGCCAGUAUUAUCUGUUUGUGGUCCGGGUCUUCUAUCAGCUUGGCCAACCUGCGCAUGAGCAAGUCUGCUGUGCUGACUUUUACCCUCAACAAACCAACACAGAAGAACUGUUUUCCCAACCAAGAUUUGAGCCAUUUUCAUCUGUGGCCCAGCAGGCAAGGAACUGGCUGGCUGGACAGUAUUCUGUCAGUCUUAUUAAUGUGCAGUCAAUUAACUACAAGAUUCAAAGUUGGACUGGUGAGAUAGACACACAGCGAUCAUUAUUUUUGGAACAUGGAGAGAGCACCACAAAGUUCAUACGCAUACUCCGAGUUUGUGUGUCCAAGCCAUUUAACCAAGAAGCUGGAUUGGUACCUGCUCCACAACUCCUAAACUACAAGGUAUUUUACCCAGCCCUGUUGAGAAUGUCAACAUUUGGAUCCGGUGACUGGGAAACGCAGGCUGAUACAAUGAAACGUGCAAUGGCUUGGUUCGCUUUAACAGGUAUGACGCCAAUAUCCUGUGAGACUAUUCAGAUUAAGAGCUGUGGCUCUGAGGGACCAAAUGCUGAGAACUGCUAUACCAGGCACAGAGGGGAUAGUAACUACAUCUGGCUGUAUGUUCUAAGGCUAUAUUUUGUUGGAGAUCCAGUUGAGCCUGACCCCUCCCUGCUGCCACCUGUCCCUGUACCCCAAGGCAAUGAUGACUGCUGUAACAUACUCUAGUGGCAACAGACUAGAUAGUGGCAAUGGCCUAACUAGUGGUAACAGUCUAAAUGCUUCCAAUAGUUACAAUAGUCUUCAUAGUAGCAACAGUCUGAGUAGUGGCAACAGUCUACAUGUAAAUAGUAACAGCAGUCUACAUAGUGGCUGUAGUCUAAAAUAUUGGCAACAGCCUAAAUAGUAACAACAAUCUACGCAGUGGUAACAGUCUACACAGUGGUAACAGUCUACAUAGUGGCAACAGUCUACAUAGUGGCAACAUUCACAUUGGCAAAAGUCUAAUUAGAUGCAGCUGUCAAAAUAUUGGCAACAGUUUGAAUAGUAACAACAUUCUAAACAGUGGCAACAGUCUAGUUAGUUUCAGCUGUCAAAAUAUUGGUGACAGUCUAAAUAGUGACAACAGUCUACAUAGUGGUGCAUGUAAGCCUGAAUAGUGGCAACCGUCUAGAUACUGUAGUGGCAACAGUCUAAAUAGUGACAAACAGCCACAUGUCAUAGCUGAGAGUGUACACUCGGCCACGGUCUUAACUGAGAGUGUACA